AAAUAUUUAAGCCAAAUUUGACAAUGGAGUCGUAUUCAAUUGAAAACAUUCAGUCCUUCUUUGAAAGAAAUAAUAUUCAAGCUAGAAUAAAAGCAAAUUAUAUGAACAAGAAGAACAUGUGAAUUAACAUAAAAACUAUUGGGCUAGACAAGAAAGAUUUAUUUGAAAGUUGAGCACCUAUAUAUACAUGAAAUGAUAUCAGCAAUAUCUUUAGUCCAUCCCAUAAGAAAACUAAGAAAUAAAAGGAAAACAAGUGUGAAUAAACGAAAGUUUAAAAAAACAAUCAGAAAAAGCGAGAUUUCAAGAAAAUGUAGAAAAUCUGAAGACAGGAAGCAUACAUUACCCAAAGGAAUUCAAAGGGUCUUUGAUGAGGUUAAGUUUAAUAAUUCAGAAAUUCCUCCAAUCAGGGUGAAGAAAUACAAUACUCCUGUUGUUAGAGAGUCCACUAGAGCAAGCUCAGUGGUGAACAUUCUUCCUAAUGUUGCGAGAUCCUCUAUCAUCAAAGCUCAGGACCCUAAUAUUGAACUAGCAACUAUAAAAGGAGUAUCUAAACAGUUGAAUAAAAGUAUAUUUCCAUGACCAUUAGGCACGUAUAAGACUGAGGACUCUAGAAAAUACAGAAGAGAUGUUAAUUCCUCAUUAAAAGUCACAAGCAAUUUUGGUGAUAUUAUUUAUGAGAAUUAUGAAAUAUCUUCGAGGAUCAAAAACCAUCCUAUUAUAAACCAUCGCAGAGUACCAGGGCUGGAGAAGAUACGGUCCUUAGGGUCCGACAUAAGAAACAGAAGCUUGAGGGACAAAAGACAUUCUGUGCCAAUGAAAAUAUCGAUGAAUCCUCAUGUGAAUUAUAAAGGAAUAUCAUCGAUAAUUAAAAAGCAGCCAAAAAGUAAUAAGAACAAAGAGAAGAAGGAAAUGACGGAGUUUGAUGACCUCGGUCCAUGGGAAAGUGACAAUCACUCUUACUCCGAUUUCUAAUAUUUCAGCAAUGUUUUAAUCUAUAGAUAAACAUUUUUA